UUAUCCAAUAGGACUCCGUCUAGGGUUUUCUCCUCCGCCGUCUCUUCGGGUCAGGUGCUUCUGAUUGCCCGCCCACGGAGGUCCUGGCCGUUUCUGUUGCCUGCGAGAGUUGCCGUGGAAUCAAAACCGGCCGGCGGGAUGAUGGCAGAAUCGAGGGGGCCGGGGUUCAAUCCAAUCCGCGGAGGAGAUGAUCCCGAGAGCACUACCGAAUCUCCUCCACGCCCGCUUUCCGACCCAUGGAUGCCCCUUGCUUCGCCACCGCGCCGUCGACAGUCAUCCGAAUCAGACUCUGGAUCGGCGCUGGAAAGGUCGGCAAGGGGGAGGAAGAGGAAGAGGGUCACCGAGCCUAGGGAUUCGGCGAGCUCUGGUUCUGUCUCCUCUGCCUACAGCUCUCCACUUCGCGAGCCCAAGGCUCCCUUGGUGCCCCUUACAGAUGAAGAUGGUUCCGUGUCCUACUUCUUCACCAGUGACAAAGCUGCCGUGGACAAAUACUACGAUGAUGUGGAGAAAUACGAUGCAAAAAUGGCUCGUCAUGAGCGGUUGUUGACAAGCGGGCGAUCCAGUAUCACUGAGCGCUACUCUCCGAAGGACACGGAGGCUGUUAUAACUUAUGGCAAAUCAGUUCUUACCCUUUCGUCCUACCAGGAUGGCAAGGUGAUGAACCAGUGCGCAGGAAUCGUCGUUGAGGUAGAUGCAGUUAAGAACGCUGCUGUCAUUCUCACCUCCGCAUGGAUCAUCUGCAGCAAGAAACCUCUAGAUGACUGGAAAAACAAGGAAUAUGAUCCUGAGGCAAAGGUCAAUGUCCAUAUGUUGGAUGGCUCAGUCGUGGAGUGUCGGCUGAUGUACUUCAGCAAGCACUAUGAGAUAGCGUACUUUGAGAUUCCUCAAGCUAGUCAGUUGCAGACAUUGUCAUUGGAAUGUAAUGUGGAGUUUGAUCAGGAUGUAUUUCUAUUGGCUAGAGAUACUGAUUUGAAUCUGAUCUAUAAGCGAGAUAAGGUGCAACUUGUAGAUCCGUGUGAACACCAACACAAUCACUACCAAUUCGUCCACGGUCCAAUCCCUGAGUGUGGAACCGGAGGAGCAUUGCUGGACCUUAGUGGAAAAGUUGUUGGGAUGCUAUUCUACAAACUGCCACUUGUUGCCUUCAUUCCAAGCUCUCUUAUAUUGAAGUGUUCAGUCAUGUGGCAACGUUUUGGGCAACUUGCUCGACCACAGCUUGGCUUGAAGCUAGGGACAUUGGGAUUUCUAGGCAUUCCCCGUGUUGACUUCAUGUCACGUAAUUUCAAUAUUUCCUCUGGUCUCAUUGUAGGAGAGAUUUCAGCAAAAUGUGAUGCCGAGAAGCUUGGCAUUAGGGCAGGGGAUGUUAUUUUUUCAUGCCAGAAAAAUCGCGUUUCAAGUAUUGUUCAGUUGGAAAAUGUGCUGUUGGGUGUUGGUGAAAAACAUCUUGAGAAGAGCAAUGAUCUUAGCUCUGAAGUUGAUGUUGAGAUUGGUGUUUUUCAUGUGCGCAAACGCACACAAAGUGUUGUUACUUUAAGAGUUGAGUUGUCAGAUCAUCUGGAAUUAUUUCACUCAGAUGAUGCAGAUGCUAAGGCAGUAGGAAGCAAGGGAGAGGAAGCACCGGUAUCUGCUGCAGGCGAAGCAGAUCCAUGAAGAAUGUUGAGCAGUAGACUUAACUACCGGGCAUGAUACAUGGCAGGUGCCAGGAGAACAUAUUCUUUCCAGCUUUCCCGGCCCAUCUGUUUGAUUUUUCUCUGUCCCGGCUAACUCCUGCCAUGCUCCGAAUUUGAGCUAAACAUUAUUAGUAUGAUCAAGAUGGUCAAAAACUAUGGCAUGGUAAAAGCGUGUGGAUCUACAUUGAUUCUAACCAACGCGACGUCUGGGUUAAUUUUCCCUAAUUGACCAUGUACCACUAUCUUUUGGGUGCGUAGGUUUAUAUGAGUAGAUUGAUACGUUCCUUCAUGGUACCAUAUUGGCGCUGAAUUUACAUGCGCUGUGAAUGAGUAGAUGGUGGAUUAUAGCA